GAAUGUAAGAGAUGAAAUCAAAUUGAGAUAUCCGAAAUUCCGAAUAACUGGAUUUCCUCGUAAGUGGAACAAGACGGUUCUUGCUCACCGCUACUGAUACGUGGCUUUUGCUUCAAACAUAGAUAAGUGUAUAUAAGUGCACAGGAUCCAACCUGGUACAAUUUGUUCCCUAUCUUUGAAGAACCAUUACCAUGGAGUUUCACUUUCAUCUAAAGUUCAACCAUCUUUUGUGCUUAUUCAUCCUUAUCCUUUCAUCAGUCCACGCUCAAGCUUCUAGCUUCGGAUACUGUGAUGAUGUAAACUAUGAUGUGAAGGUGUCUGGAGUUGAAAUUAAACCAGACCCUGUUGUGCGUGCUAGGCCUGUCACCUUUAAGAUUUCAGCUGAUACUGGUGAAGCUAUUUAUGGUGGAAAGUGGGUAAUUUCAGUUGCAUACUUUGGCUUCGUUGUCCAUAAUGAAAUCCGUGAUUUUUGUGAGGAAUUAUCUUGUCCUGUUGCUAGUGGCAAUUUUGUGGUUGCUCAUAGCCAAAAAUUGCCUGCAUUUGCCCCGCCGGGCACCUACACCGUAGAGAUGACACUAAAAAAUGAGAAGAACGAGGCAUUAACUUGCAUCACCUUUAAAUUCAAAAUCGUUUUUGGAUCUUUGGUGUGUGAUGUAUGAAGUGGCCGUCACUAUAAGGAUAUAGGACUAUAGGUUGCUACUUUGGCAUUAUUGUAAACUAUUACUUGGUAAAAAAAGAAGAAAAAAAAAUGACUUCAAGAAGCAUGGUCAUUAUUGUAGAUAAAAAAAUAUAUGAAGAAACACGGUUAUUAACUUACUAUUGUUGCUUUACAAUUCUUAUUUUUUCAA